AUGAAAGCCUUCAUCGUACUUUACUUCUUGUGCUGCAGAUUUCCCAUCUCUGUAAUCUCAGCUGUUACGGACACCAUUGGUGUAACUGAAUCAAUUAAAGAUGGCGCGACCAUAGUUUCAUCGGGUGGGAAUUUUGAGCUGGGAUUCUUUAGUCCAGGUAAUUACAAGAGCCGAUAUAUAGGAAUAUGGUACAAGAAGAUAUCUACAACAACAGUGGUAUGGGUUGCCAACAGAGAUAUCCCUCUUAACGAUACAUCAGGAGCUUUGAAACUUUUGGACCAGGGAGUUCUUGUCCUUUCAAAUGAUGCUAAUAUCACCCUUUGGUCUGCAAGUUCAUCAAGAUCAGCAACCAAUCCGGUUGCACAGCUUUUGGAUACAGGAAACCUUGUAGUAAGAGAUAGAAAUGAAAAUGAUCCGGAAAAUUUUUUCUGGCAAAGUUUUGAUCAUCCGGGCGAUACGUUUCUGCCGGGGAUGAAGUAUGGAUUUAACUUGGUAACAGGCAUGAAUCGGCAGCUUACAUCAUGGAAGAGUGUUGACGACCCUUCAACAGGUGAUUAUACUAAUCAUCUUGAUCCUAAUGGAGUGCCACAAUUUUUUCUAAGGGAGGGUCCAGUUACUAAAUUCCGGACAGGACCAUGGAAUGGUCUCCAUUUCAGUGGGAUGCCAAAUUUGAAACCGAACCCAAUUUAUACGUACGAGUUUGUUUCCAAUCCGGUGGAGACUUACUAUUCAUAUCAUCUUAUCGACACCGCAGUUGUCUCGAGAAUGGAGUUAAAACCUGAAGGCAAUCUGCAGCGUUUUACUUGGAUUGAUCGGACCCAGAGCUGGAGCCUCUACUUAACAGCACAAGUAGAUGGCUGUGACAGGUACGGAUUGUGUGGUGCAUAUGGUACGUGCAACAUCAAUAACUCCCCAUAUUGUGGGUGCAUAAAAGGUUUUGUGCCGAAAUUUCCUGAAGACUGGAACGCGGCGGAUUGGUCACAUGGAUGUGUGCUAAAGAAGCCUUUGAGUUGCAGUGAUGGAGAGGGCUUUGUGAAAUAUUCUGGAAUUAAGUUGCCAGACACACGGCAGUCCUGGUAUAACAGGACUAUGGACCUUAAUGAAUGCAAGAAGCUUUGCUUAGAAAAUUGCACUUGUACAGCUUGUGCGAAUCUGGAUGUCAGAGAAGGAGGAAGUGGGUGCAUACUUUGGUUUGGAGAACUGAUUGAUAUCAGAGAGUACUCUGAAAAUGGGCAAGACAUCUACAUAAGGAUGGCUGCCUCUGAAUUAACAGCAUAUGGAAGCUCUAAAGGAAAGAAACGAGUGAGGACCAUAGUUAUCUCUGUACUGUCUUUUGGAAUAGCUCUCCUCGGCCUAAGCUUGAUGUUAUUUGUCCUGAAGAAGAUGCUAAAAAGAGAAGGAUGUAUCUUAUACAAUCCAGAACAAGAGGUCGGCAAUGGAAGGGAGAAUGAAACUUUGGACCUACCAUUAUUUGAUUUUGCCACAAUAGCUUAUGCCACAGAGAACUUUUCAACUCAAAAUGAGCUUGGGCAUGGCGGAUUUGGACCUGUCUACAAGGGCAUUUUAGAGGCGGGACAAGAAGUAGCCGUUAAGAGGCUGUCAUCGGAAUCAAGACAAGGACUCAACGAAUUCAAGAACGAAGUUUUUACCAUUUCCAAACUUCAACAUCGAAACCUUGUGAAGCUUUUAGGAUGUUGCAUCCAAGAAGAUGAAAGGAUGCUCGUAUAUGAAUACAUGCCCAACAAGAGCUUGGACUCCUUUAUAUUUGAUCCAAAGAGAAACAUAUCAUUAGAUUGGCCUCAGCGCUUCCACAUUAUCAAUGGGAUUGCUCGGGGUCUACUUUAUCUUCAUCAAGAUUCCAGACUCAGAAUUAUCCACAGAGAUCUAAAAGCUAGCAAUGUGUUACUGGACAAUGACAUGAAUCCAAAAAUCUCAGACUUUGGCAUGGCCAAAAUAUUUGGAGGAGAUCAAACGGAAGCACAGACAAGCAGAGUGGUUGGAACAUUCGGUUACAUGUCUCCAGAGUAUGCCAUAGACGGAGUAUUCUCAGUGAAAUCUGAUGUAUAUAGCUUUGGUGUUUUGGUACUAGAGAUAGUGAGUGGAAAGAGAAACAGGGGAUUCUGCCAUCCAGACCACAAUUUGAACCUCCUUGGGCAUGCAUGGAGACUGUACAAGGAGAGACGGAUAUUGGAACUGGUUGAUAAAUCAGUAAAGGAGUCGUGCAACCCAACAGAAGUGCUGAGAUCAAUACAGGUGGGUCUAUUAUGUGUGCAGCAAAGUCCAGAACAUAGACCAAGCAUGUCCACUGUGGUUUUGGUGUUGAGUAGUGAGACUGUACUACCUGUGCCUAAACAGCCUGGUUUUCUCACCGAAAGGUAUCUUUCGGACAUGGAUUCCUCGCGAAGCAAGCGAGAAAUAUCUUCCAGUAAUGGACUCUCUGUUACAUCUGUAGAGGCUCGAUAA